AUUUCCCGGGAAGGUGGCUGCCGCAGCAGUAGCGUUACCUGCGGUGGCUGUGCGGAGUAGUGACGUAUACACGCAGAUACGUACGCCCGGCCCAGGACAGGGGGAGGGGGUGGGGCAACUGGAUUGAACCACCCUCGGCGACAGGUGCCAACAGGAAAAUGGAUGAUGACGAAUUUGGAGGCUUUGAGGCAGCAGUGACCUUUGAAGGUGAAGAUGGUGAAACACAAACUAUUUCUCCUGCUAUUCCUUGGGCAGCAUUUCCUGCAGUAUCUGAAGUCCAUGUACCACAAAAUAUUUCUUCAGAUGUUCUUCUGGAGCAUUCUCUGUCUUCUGCUUGCCUUGUGCCUUCUGAUUCAUUCAUCUUAUCAGGUGAUGAUGUACUGACAGCUGUUCAAACAGCCAACAGUAUUUUAAACCCAGCUGUUUUUAAAGAACAGGUUCAGUUAUCAGCCAGUUCUUCCUUGGAUAUCUCAAUUCCUUCUUUGAGUUUAACGGAAGGAAAACCUUCAGAAAAUUCAACCAUCCCUGUGGGUGACUCUGAGAAGCCGGGGAUAAAUGGAUCAAAGAAGCAUCUUCAACCAACAGUUGCAAGUCUAGAGAUUAAACUUAAAGAUGCUGAAGAAGAAAAAUGUAGAAUUAAAAAGGAGUUAGAAGAUUUGAUGGAAAAGCAUAGUAUCCUGCAAACAGAUUUCUUGAAAGAAAAGGAAGGUGAAUUCAUCUCACACGAAGAUCGCUACAAAAAGCUGCAGGAGAAACACAAGCUUGAGUUAGAAGACAUGAGGAAAGCUGGACAUGAAGCCCUGACUAUUAUUGUGGAAGAAUUUAAGGCACUAUUGCAGUCUACAGUUCAGAAGCAAGAAGAAGCCAUUGAAAAACAGUACGUAGCUGCAAUUGAAAAACACUCAUACAAGUGUGAGGAACUGCUGAAUGCUCAGCAUCAGAGACUUCUUGACAUGCUGGAUACAGAGAAAGAAGUGUUAGUGCAAAAAGUAGAAGCAGCCUUGAUGCAACAAUCACAAAAACAUAAGGAAGCCCUGGAAAAAUGUUUGGAGGAACAAGAGAAUAGAAGUAAAGAGGCUUUGGCAGCUGCUGCUAAGAUUGAAAAAGAAGUAAUGCAAGAGGCCAUUUUAAAAGCAGUCGAAGAGGAAAGGAGAAACAUGGAGAAAAUUCAUGCAAAAGAAAAAGAAAUAUGGCAGGCCGAAUGUGUCAAAGACAAAGAAAAGAUUGCUCAGGCUGUGCAGGAGGCUGUGCAAGAGCAGAGAAAAACCAGUCAAGAAGUUGUUAAGGCAGCAAUAAUGGAAGAACAGAAACGAAGUGAAAAGGCUGUGGAAGAAGCUGUGAAAAGAACAAGAGAGGAAUUGCUGGAAUAUAUCAAAGAACAGAAGAGGACACACCCUCGUCAUACAUCCACACCAUCUAGAUUUAAACGACAAAAGCUGGGAACAAGGACGUGUCCAUUCUCGAUCAAGUUGUCCGCCAACGUAGCCUGUGUAGUUUGGAACUAUUCCUCUCAUGUGCACAGAAGCAAUUAAGCACUUUAUUAAAAGAAGAACCAAUCACUUCAGAGCAAGAGAGAGAAACUGAAAAUCUAAACAGCAGUGAAAACAUGUGAUUCAUGAUGCUACAAAUCUGUAUGCUGCAAAUUACAAAAUCUCUCUUCUUUUUAAAAUAUGGGACUCUAUCAUUUGUCAAGACUGAUCUAAAACAAUGUUUAGUAGAAACUAUCCGCAAGUGACUUCAUUUGAUUUUUUAAAAUUAUUAUUACUGGUUUGCAAUAUUAGAAAUAAGAAAAUAAUUGGAAGAAAUUCUCAAUAUUAAACUGUGCACAUGUUGUCAUCUUUAAAGCCUUCAGUGGCCUAUUAGUGAUAUCGUAGGCAAAUGCAGUGGUGAUAAUAACAUUGCCUUGUUAUGGCUGUUUACAAGAGAUAUCAGCAUGUGUUCAUAUAAUUUAUUAGUAUUUUUGACACAGAAAAAGGCUGUGAUUUGGCCCCAGAUUCAGCAAGGCAUUUAACCGCAUAUGAAAGUCUAUCUAUAUCCCCCUGGUACAUGAUCAAUGCAUUGCUGCCCUGGGGGCCGUAGAAUCUUAUCAUCACAUGUGUCUUAUUUAUCACUACUGUCAAUACUGAGUCAUAAGAAUGCUGCUGAACAUUUUUUUAAAAAUUGUUUCUGAAGAUCAUUCUCCAGCAUUGGAAGAGGAAUGUGUUUUAAAAAAAAUAAAACCAAACACCACAUCUUUUUACACUGAGACAAAAAAGUCUAGAAGUCACUUGUAUUGUAAAAACUCAUCUGUGGUGAAUAUUUCUCAUUUCUGUUCUUGAGAGAUACUGUGAUUCCAAAAAUCACUUUUUCUCAUUAAAGUGGAUCUUCGGUAAUUGACUUCAAUUAUAGGAAAGGGUACAUUUAAAUAUUUAGGGUGAAAUGCUGCACUUCUUACUCUGGUAGAAUUCCCACUGACCACAGUGGAAGCCCUACCUGAGUAGGGAAUGCAAGAUGGUGCCCUUAAAGCGCCUGAUUCAAAGCCUAUUUGAAGUCAAUGAAAGUUUGCCCAUAUACUUCAGUUUGCUUUGGAUCAGGCCUUUAGGCUCUGACCCUGCAGUGGAGAGCAUGAAGAUGGACUGCUGUGCCUGUGCGCUAUUGAUUGUAGAAUUGGGGCCUUAGUUUGUAAGAUUUCAGAAUCAAUUAACAAAAAAUGAGAAUGUUGCUCAGAAUUAUGAAUGUAAAUAAAUGAUGAGUGAUAUCUCACAUAACAAGUUAGUGCCUCGGUGGGGAAUCUUGGACAUUUAUUCAGUGCAAUUUUAAUUGUAAAUAGACAUAUUUUGCCAUUGAAAUUAAUUAAUUUGACUUUACUAUAAGUAGAGCUGAGUGUGAACUGAAAAAUCCAAAUAUAAUUUCAUUCCAAGUUCACCUGAAGUGGAAAAAAUUUGUUUGUUUGAAACAAAUAAAAAGGGGAAAAAACAAGUUUCAGAUUGAACAAAA